UUUACACAGAACAGUAGUUUCAUGAUUGACCGGAAAUUAGGAAAAAAAACAAAACAAAACAGCUGAAAUAAAAGAGUAAAUUACAACAGAAUAUUUUUAUCCACAGUCAUGACCGAAAAGGGAUCUGAGCCACUUAUGUCAGACUGUGUGCAGUCACAUCAGAUUAUGGGUUCUCCUCCACCCGUAUACCCAGGACAGCCAAACAACAUUCCACCUCCUCAGGCAGGAUAUGUUAUACAGGGCCAACCAGCUCAACAAGGAUAUGUUGUGCAGCCACCUCCACCUUAUGGGGUGCAGUAUAAUAAUGCACCGCCAACAGUAGCAACAGUGGUACCACAGCCACCUGCCGAGGACCAUAUGAUUGCAGCAAUUCUUGUAACAGUCUUCUGUUUCUUCCCUACAGGAAUUCUCGCCAUUAUGAGGGCUUCAGAUGCUAAAGCAGCAGCAUCAUAUGGGGAUAUGCAGUCAGCGGACAGGCAUGCCAAAAGCGCUAAAAAGAUGAUUAACAUCAGUAUCAUAGCGGGAAUCGUGUGUACCCUCGUAAUGAUUGCCCUCGUGAUUGUUUACGUCAUGGUUCUUACGCAGGCCGCGCAGUCAGCUUAUGAUAACCGUUAUGAUUAACUUACAACAAAUAGGAUGCAACUUGUUUUGUGACCUAAUUGUUGCUUGUUAAGCCAGAAAAAAAGUCAUUCCUAUUUAAUGGUCCCUUACCAUUGUUACUGUUUUCGACCAGUUUCAAUAAUUUUAUACACAGUUGUCUAUUUUAAAAAUUGCUUAUGCUUCACUGAGCAAACACGAUUAAGAAGUCUCAUUUUGUUGCCCUGGAGAUGUUGAUUUACUGAGAAUUUCAACCAAAGGCCAUUUCACAUAUUGAGGGCUUAGAGCGAAACUGUUCUACCUGCUGCUAUUUCUGUAUACAGAUAAGACCAGUUUCUUUAUUUUAUAUACCAUGCUGAAUCUGAGUCUGAACUUAUGCAGUUUUUCAUUUUGGAAUCGGCAUGGGCUUUCAUAUAUACGCUAAUUUGGUCUGAAAUCUCUGAUUGAAAAAGUGUAAAAUAACCAAUUUGUGGAAAAACGACUUUUUUCAUUCAUUUUUAUGUCUGAUUCGGUAACCAAACUGGGAUUGCAAUUAUUGUUGCAUGUUUUUAUUUUGGUUUCAUUUUUCUGUUCAGUAAUGUUCUGUUUCGGCAUUUAUGUGAAAUGGCCUGUUUAUUAUUAUACAUGUUAAUUUUGUGUAUAAGAAGCAAGACAAUAUAUACAUGGUAUCUAUGUAAGAGGUGCUUGCUUUACAGAGGUGUUAUUAAUCAGGGGCACAGUGUAAAUUACAAUCUAUGUCAUAUUAAAGUUGAUUUGAUACUGGUUCUGAAUCAAUACCAUACAUUAGCAAACAAAGAUAAUGCAUUGUCUAAAAUUCUUUGUGUAGUAGUGAUUGUUGAAAAAAAAAAGCCAAAUAACUCUGUCUCAUCAAAAUCUGAAGUUAAAGAUUGUUAUUACUUCAAGAGUUGAUUUUGCAUUUUGAUUUGAUCUGAAUUUUGAUUAGAUACAAGCUUGCCUAUAUUAAUUUGUGGAAUAUUUUGCAGUAUUAUUUUAUUACCCAUUACAAUGAAAUAAAAGCAUUCUUCUGUCAGAAAAUGAUUUGCGGAAUUAAUGAAUAUUGAUGCACUUUUGAACAAUUAUAGUUCAUAAAAUAUAAUAAAAGUUGUGGCAUGGAGACAGAAUGACUGCCAAACAAGGAAGAUGCAAGUUUAACAAUGUUUUCUUUUCCUUUCUGUUACUAAGGAAGAUAAAAUACUUCAUCUAGUGCUGUGAAAAAGGUGUUUGCUUGUUUUUGUCUUUGAUCACUUACAUUAAUUAUUGACAUUUUACAUAACAUAUUUUAAAUGGUCGACCUCUGAAUAUAGACUUAACUUAUAAUGUUUGUCACUAAUCAAUUCAUGUAUUGCAAGUCCACAAGAUUAGUUUUUGGGAGUGAUAUUGGAAUUCCUUUGUCCCGUCCAUCCCCCUGUCCGUGUUUACAAAUGGCAACUUACGAUGCAAGGAGGACAAUACUUUACAGUAGAUCUUGUUUAUGUUCACUUAUAUGGCUAUAAAGAAAUAGAGAGAACAGUAUAGUAGCCACCUAAGUAUCUUUAGUGCCAUCUGUUUGUCAUGAAACAUUUAACAAAAUAUUUUGACACCAUUUAAUAUAACUUGUCACACUGAUGAACAGUGCAAAAAGUCUAUCUUUAAUCAUUUAAGAACUAGAGAUGCUUUUGAGAAAAGCGCAUGUCUCCCACAACUGCCCGUAUGAUUCAAGGGCUGUAACUCCAAAAUGCAUGGACUGAUUUGGCUAGUUAUCAAACUUGGCCGAGGUCUCAUGGUCAAGAGUAAAAAGGCCAAUUUUUCAGUAAUUCAAGGGCCGUAACUCAAAAAUGCCUGGACCGAUUUGGCUAGUUAUCGAACGUGGCCGAGGUCUCCUGGUCAGACACAUUUUGUUCAAGUUUGGUGAAGAUCGGAUAAGAAAUGUUCGACUUAGAGUGCGGACAAGAGUGAAAAGGCCGAUUUUUGGUAAUUCAAGGGCUGUAACUCCAAUACGGCUGGACCGAUUUGGCUAGUUAUCAAACUUGGCCAAGGUCUUAUGGUCAAACACAUUUUGUUUAAGUUUGGUGAAAAUCAGAUGAGAAAUGUUCGACUUAGAGUGCGGACAAGCUUUGUGACAGACACACACACACAGACAGACACACAGACUGGAGUAAAUCAAUAUGUCUCCCACACCACUGUGUGGUGGCAGACAUAAUGAUCUCCCUUGUUGUGCUUAAUGCUUUGCAAUAUUGUGUAUUAUUUAAGAAAAUGAAUUUAAAUUUUUUGAAAGCAAUUUAAGAUAACAAUAUUAUGAUAGAUGGCAAAGAGAAGAAGUGUAAGCACAAGAACCACAACUGUGACUUAAAUAAUUUUAGGAUUUUCUCCUGUUUUGUACUUAAAUUUUCACCUUUUUUCAGCAAUGAAAAUAGCUAUAAAUCCUGUUGAGGGGAAUUUUUAACUUGAUACAAUAAAAGGUGGAAGUGAGAGUAAGUGUACACCUUUGAGAAACAUAACUUUACAACAAUUUUAGAAUGAUCUCCCGUUUUGUACUUACCCGGUACUUUUUCACUUGUUUCUACAUUUACUGGUAAAACAGUUACUUUUCCUCCACUGAUAGAUUGAAUAUAACUUUACACAAACUUGAGUUAGCCCCUUUUUUGCACAUAAAUUUUCACAUUUUCACAUUGUUAUAAAGGCAAAUAUUGGCGCUAAAAGGUAAUUUAAAGGUCCAUUACUAAGGGAAAGUGAGUUGGCAUUUUUUUUCAUAGCCAGUGCAUAGACUUCUGCAAGACACUAAAUAAUGAAGAUUGGCAGGUCAAAAUUUACAGAAGGUCUUUGGAACUCAAAGAAAUGUAUGUGUAUUAUGUUGAAAUUUCAAUGAAUUGACAGAAUGACCCCCCAGGUCUUUUUAACUUUCUUCAUACUUCAUAGAAAAAUAAUUGUACAUAUACUACGAUUUAUUUCAAAUUUCUACAUACCAACUUUCAUUUUCCAAUAAAAUGAAAUAGUUUCUGUGCUUUUUAAAAGAAAUUAAAAUAUUCACUUUUCUUAGUAUUGGACCUUUAAUGUUCUGCAUUUGAAGCAGUUUCUUUGGUCAAACACAGUUUUUAACUAGCUUUUCUUGGGCAACACCUCCAGUGAUAGCUGAAGUUAUACGGUUUUGAAAUAACUUGUAAAACUAAUUUGGCUGUUGUUUAAGGAGACUGUUAUAGCAAGUUGGAUAUAACAAAAGUGUUGUUUUGUAAUAAAUAGAUAUUAUUGUGUUUAAUGCCAUCACUUGUCUGUAGUAAUUAUUAUCUGUUGUAUUUCUCUGAGUUUCAUCUGUUUAUUCAUUGUAUUUGUGUAACAGAAAAAUGUUGUAUAUCAUGCAAGGUACCCUUUACUACCUACCAUUACCACCGUUGUUUAUAUGACUGAAAAAUUGUUGAAAAAGACGUUAAACCCGAACACACACACCUACCAUUACCACCAUGCUGUGCAUUGUAUUUCAUGUAGGAGUUAGCAGUCAGACAUGAUUAUAGAAUUCCUUCUUUGUCCUUUCAUUUAUUAAACUUUCAGCUGAACUUUCCUCCUACAAAAUUACAUUUGACCUUAAUUGCCAGUAAAUUUCAUAUUUUAAGUUCAUUAACGUUUAACAUUAGUGUGAAAACAUUUUAAUAGCUGUUUAUUAAACUUACGUCUCAUUGAAUUACUAUACAGUCGCUUGAUUGUGAAAGUAGAAUGUUGCAUUUCGACUUGAAUUCAUCAUUUACAGUUAAUGUAGUGGAUGCAUAGUACAAAUCAGCUGGUACAAAUGGCAAAUUAGUCUUUCUUGUAUUGGCAAUUUUGGUUUCAUCUGUAUAUGGUUUCGGCAUUAUCUGUUGUUUCUUUUUUAAUGAAAAAUAAUGUUCAUGUAAAGCUACAUUUAGGACCAAAGAAUUCCUAAUUGAUCAAUUCGAAGACACAAUUGCACAGUCAACGACCUUAGGAAAAAACACUGCCAGCAUGAAUCUCAGUAGUAACAACAAGACCUAUUUAUGCUCUAUCAUAUGAUUGGAAGUUCAUCAUUUUUAACAGUUUCUCGUAAAUUUCAUCUAGGGUGUGGGAGUGGUGAUAGUUUUAAAUGUUGCCCACAUGAAUGGAAUUGUUUUCAGUUUAAUAGUGAAAAAUUCUUACGUUAGGCACCUUUGAUCAAAAGUUAAACUACGAUCAUGUUCAGCAUUUUUAAGCACUGAAAUUAGUUUCGUUUUAGAAUUAUAUCUCGGUUAUUUGGAUAAGGUAAACAAACAGUAACUUUUAGUAUGGCUGUUUUUUUUAACUACUCAGAAUUGUUGUCUCUCUGUAAUGGUGAGAUGGGGAGAACAUUUAGAACUAUUGCCCAGGUCAAUUAACUUCUUGAAACAGUUUAGCACCAUCUCCGCUACAUUGUGAAUAUAGUUUAUCACACACGAAAAACUGUUCAUUGAAUCUCAUUAUGAAGAGUUUUGACUUGAGUCUUUAUUUUGUAUAUUAUAUGCAUUUCAGGUGUUGAAAUACAUGUAAUAAAAAGUGUCACAAUGACUUUGCAUAUAAUGCGCUGCCUCAUUUUUUGGCAGUUUUCAUCAGAUAUUUUUCUUCCUUGUAUUUUGGAUAAUAAUAUUGUAUUCUGAUUGUCAAAGGACUGAACUUAAGAUUUUCAUUGUAGAAAGUAUUACUGGGUCCAUUGUAUUUUAUUGUCUCCCUUUAUGGCUCUGGCUGUAAUUGUGUUUGUGUGCAAUAUUGACAGUAGUGCUCUUCUAUCCAUUUAGUUAUGCAUACUCUUUAUUUGGAAUACUGCUUUAUCUGUUUUAACCUUACUACUUAAAACAGUGUAAUUUCAGACUAAUAUAUUUUUCAUUUUUAGCUCCACUAUUCAGAGAAUAGGGGGGCAAUACUACUCGCCCCGGUGUCGGCGUGACCCUUCUUGGUUAAAGUUUUUUGGCAACCUUUGUUUUUCUGUCAUAUCUUUGUUACUGUUGCUUAUAUCUUACUGUAAUUUCACAUAAACAUUGUCCAGUAUACAAACAAUAUAUGUGUAGGGGCUGAGCCCAUUAUACCCAAGGUCAAGGUCACCAGGCUGUUAUACUUAGGUUAUUUUUAAGUUUAAAGUUUUUCGGCAACCUUUGUUUUUCUGUCAUAUCUUUGUUACUAUUGCUUAUAUCUUACUGUAACUUCACAUAAACAUUGUCCAGUAUACAAACAAAAUAUGUGUAGGGGCUGAGCCCAUUAUACCCAAGGUCAAGGUCACCAGGUUGUUUGUUUUUCUGUCAUAUCUUUGUUACUAUUGCUUAUAUCUUACUGUAAUUUCACAUAAACAUUGUCCAGUAUACAAACAAUAUAUGUGUAGGGGCUGAGCCCAUUAUACCCAAGGUCAAGGUCACCAGGCUGUUAUACUUAGGUUAUUUUUAAGUUUAAAGUUUUUCGGCAACCUUUGUUUUUCUGUCAUAUCUUUUUUACUAUUGCUUGUAUCUUACUGUAACUUCACAUAAACAUUGUCCAGUAUACAAGCAAAGUAUGUAUAGGGGCUGGGCCUAUUAUACCCAAGGUCAGGGUCAUCAAGGUGUUAUACUUUGAAUUAUUUUCAUGUUAAAUUUUUUUGAGAGCUCGUUUAUAGACAUACCUUUGGUACUUUAAAAGAUAAUGGCUUGAAAUUAAAAGUAUUUGUUUAUAAUCAUCUGCAUGUGUGGCUACAUACCCCAUAACUCUAAUUGUGUUUUUGACAGAAUUAUGCCCCAUUUGUACUUAAACUUUUUUGCAAUCUUCGCUUUCUGGAUAUAACUUUAAUGCAAUAUAUGAUAAAGACUUGAAACUUAAAAUGUAUCUUUAUCAUCAUCAUCUGCAUGUGUGGUACGAGUCUCCAUAAUUUUGAUUUGUAUUUUUGACCUAAUUAUGCCUCUUUUAUACUUAAUUUUUUUACAAAAUUCGUUUUCUGGACAUAACACUAUAUAAGAUAAUGACUUGAAACUCAAAAUAUAUCUUUAUCAUCAUCAUCUGCAUGUGUUGUAACAAUCCUAAUAACUCUAAUUUGUGUAUUUGAUGGAAUUAUGCCCCUUGGUGUAUCUUCCUUUUGAAGUAGAGGUCUCUUAUUCAGACAUAUAUUCAUUUUACUGUCAAAUCCCCGAAUAGUGGAGCGCGCUGUCUUACAGACAGCUCUUGUUUACAUGUAAAUAUCUGUUGUAGAUCAAUUGAAUGGGUUUCUUUUGUUAUUUGUUAUAAGAAACAAUGUUAUUUGUAUUUAUGACAUUAAUUGAUUAAAAUAUUAAAUAAAAAAUAAUAAAUUUCUGAUAAUAUAAGAAUUUUGUCUUGCCAAAUUUGAAGAUUGAAAUGGUAUUAUUUUACAUUCUUAUAUGAAACAAAUCAUGACAUUGUAUAUUUCUCAUUAAAACACAGCAAUAUUGACUUCUUGCCAGUAUAUUAGUUGGUGCAAUAAAUACAUUGAGAAAGAGCACUACUGCAUAAUUAUGAUCUAGUCUAUUUUAUAUGAAAGACAUUACAGUAUUGACAUGAUAUAUCAGAAUGUUGUUACACUUAAUUCACACACUCUGAAUCAAUUAUUGAUUUUAUUAGGCAUAAAGAUUAACUCAUUAGAAGCCUACACACUCCUCAACUAUUUUGCAUGAUGUGUUGCAUCCUGUGUAUUACUAAAACAUGGUUGUAAUGAUGUCACAUAGACCUACUUUAUUUGAUGCCAUACGUUAUCUAUGAAAUAGUGCUUCCCUGUUUCGAAGGGUUGUUUACAUAAAAGAUAUAUUAGAAUUGAAAUAAAAUAUACACUGAAUUUAUUAUAUGCCAUAUAGAAUAAUUUACUAUGGCUUUGCACUUGUGAAAUUUUUCUGCAGGUGUGUAAAAACUCUUUGUCAUGUUUGAAUGUGUUAAAGCAUGGUUCUGCUAUAAUAAUAUAAUGUUUUUUUUUUUGUUUUUGUUUUUUUUUAUUUAAUUAUCAUAAGUGCUCUGCAUGAUGUCUUUUCUCAUGAACAUUCAAUAUUUCUAAGUCAGAAAUUCAUUCGCGAUAUUACGUUAUUUCAGUAUAAGAUUGAAAUAUCAGCUGCCAUAUUUUUGAAACUUUGAAGACAAGUCUGAAAUUGAAGUUGGGUUUGUAAAAGAAAGAAUAUGUGAUUAAAUCAAGUGUAUCAGCUUUCACUCUUGUAACAUAUUUCAGCCGAUAUUAUUCUUAUUUCAGUGUAAAUGGAGGUAAUUUACGUACUUCUUAAAUUUCAAGAGGGAAUGUAGGUUGGCCUAUGAUGAUGACAUAUGUUGAUUUAUAUCACCCAUUUUUAAUUCUGUAGCGUAAUCUCUCAAUAGUUACUCUUUUACCUUUAUUUGACUAGAUAUUAUUGCUUUCUUUUACCUAAAAGCUUUUUUUUUGUACAUAAAGGGACAAUACUCUAAACCAGUACCACAUUUUGAGCUCAGACACAGCUAGAUUAAAUUGUCACACAUGACAUAUAUAGGACCAUUUAGUUUUCAUGUUGUCACUGCUGAUGCUAGUUGUUUUCAUUUAAAAGUUUAAUUUUGUGACAGACUUAUGCAGUGUUGUGGCAUACCUCAUUGUAUAAUUAUGUGACACAUUUCAUCUUAUUCGUGACAUUUUUAUGUGAUAAAGAGAUUUUAUUUUGUUUUAUGGCUAUUCAUGUCACAAAUAAAAUUGACAGUAUUUUGGGCACAUAUAGUUUUGCCAUUUUUGUGACACAUUAACUUUUAUGUCAAAUUUUGUUAUUUUGACACGAGAAGUUUGUAGAAAACUGAAUUACGUCUUUCAUAUUUUGUUAAUAUGAUUAUUUGUUUUCUUAGAUAAUUUAUAAUAAUAUAAGAGAAAAAGGUGCAUAUAUAUGAUGUUUAUGAAAUGUGAGGAUUUCAAUAUUUCAUUUGUAAAUCUAUUGUAUUUUGUGAUGCAAUAAAAUGACAGAAAUGUCA